GUUUGCUACCGCAUGAACAGCUACUGAUGGAAAGACGUAAAUAAAAAAGCAAAUAGUUUCAAAUAUAUAGAAGUAUUAAAGGGUUUAUGAAAAUACCAUUAUGGUUUCGUAGGAUAUUUAAAAAAAAAAAAAAUCAUUUUAAUCUUCAGUCCGGCGUGAUCUGCGACAAGGUUAAUGGCAGGGAGAAAACGAAAGGUGCUAGCGUUGACAGCAGCAGCAACUGAACACAACAGUCGGGCGAAAUCAAAACUCAAAGUUGCACCUACCUGUCAGCGUGAACAUGCUCCAAGUGUUGAGACGGAGCGAAGCCAUUAUUUCGCCAAUAGUGAGCUGCAGCCGAGACUGGGUGAAGAGUUUUUCAAGCAGCCUUGCAUCAGUUUGGCUAAAGCCUUCCUCGGGAAGGUGCUGGUCCGCAGGUGUGCAGAUGGCGCCGAGCUGCGUGGGAGAAUAGUGGAAACUGAGGCUUACCUUGGAGGGGAGGACAAGGCCUCACACUCAGCUGGAGGCAAACGCACCGAGAGGAACAAAGCCAUGUUUAUGAAGCCUGGCACGAUCUAUGUGUAUCCAAUCUACGGCAUCUACCUCUGCAUGAACGUGUCCAGUGAAGGGGAGGGGGCCGCCGUGCUGCUGCGCUCACUUGAGCCCCUGCAGGGUCAGCCCGUCAUGAGGCAGCUGAGGGCGGCCAGACGCAAAGAGGGAGCCCGUCAGUUGAAGGACAAAGAACUGUGCAACGGCCCUUCAAAGCUGUGCCAGGCCCUAAAUAUACCCCGCUGUUUUGACUGUCGAGACUUAGCCUCGGACCCGGAGGUGUGGCUGGAGACGGAUCCGGACUCGAGUCCGGUGAGACCCCUCGACAUAGUGUCAGCGCCGCGCAUCGGAAUCGAGUCCCACGGGGAGUGGGCCAAGAAGCCGUGGCGGUUUUAUCUACGCGGGCACCUCUGUGUUAGCGUCGUGAAUAAAGAGGCAGAGAGACAGUCUCUGUCUGGAAAUGUAAUGAGCGGUUUGGGUCCCUCAGAUGUGCAGUCUGCCACGGGACAGCACAAUGGGGAAAGGACUUAACAGGAAUACUUCUGAAACUACUCUGCCAUCUGUUCUCCACUUAAGCAGAAAAGAACGUCUGCCUGCACUGCGGCAGCGUGUGACUAAUUACACAUAUGAAAUUAAUUAAAACUGAAGUUAUACCCUGUUAUUUAUGGGUUCGUAGUUUUGAGAAAGGUGGUAGAAUAACUUCCAGCUCUAGGGUUAGAGCUACACUGAAAAAUGGUUUUGCAUUAUACAUCACACACUUGUUAGUGUUUUGUUUCAUCUGCAUUUUUUUCUUUUAAUAAACCUUCAAACU